AUGGAAGAAGUGGAGAUGGCAGUGUCACAGAUCCGGCGUUUGCAGCAAAAGGAAGCUCGCGAUUCUGUGGAGCUUCAUAUUCCAAAAGAUGCAAAGGGCCAAAAGCUCCUCACACUGAUUCAAGACAGGAUGCAGAGCGUCGUGAAGGUGAAAGUCUUCAGUGACCAGCAGGAGUACUACAAGGUAACUCUGUGCGGCCAGCCAUUGGACAUCGAUCGAGCGUGGCUUGUUGCGGUCAAGGCAAUCUUGGGCAAGGCAGAAGAGAUGAAUCCUUUCCAUUAA